AUGCCUUUUGCUCACCUUAAACCAGCAGCCACUGCUGCUGAAAUGGCCUAUCGUCACACAAGACCACCAAUUGCAAUUACUUUUCCAAAACCAAUUGUUGAACUUCUGCAAAAAGGCUGGCAUGCAAAUCCAGAUGAAAGGCCAGAUUUUAAGGAUAUCGUUCCAUGUCUGGAGGAAUGCAGACAAUCACAAGCCGUUAUGCUUCUUAGUAAUGGCAAUAGCCUUCCUUCUGAUUCUAUGGUGGACUCACUGAACGACAUUAGUGUAAUUUCUGAUGAUUCUGAAACUGAUGGACGAUCCACUCCACCACUGACUGGUCAUGUGACUGCAAUGCGGACAAGAUGGGAAAUGGAAGCUUCUAGAAAUAGCGGUGUCCCUGUGGAUGAACUUCGGAGACGGUUUCCUAUAACCCAAGUUGAUAAAAAUGGUUAUGUUGCUGACCCAUUAUGUACUCUGCGAAUGCCUAUGCUUCUAUCUGCUGAUGAUAUGUUAACAUCAGAUACUGUAUCACCUGAAAACUCUUCAAUGGAAAGUGGUAACCAUGGCAUGGAUGUUUUCUAUUCUACUUGUGAUAUCAACAACAUGUAG